AUGGAGGCCAUUUAUAUCCAACAUGGCCACCGCUUACAUUCGGAACUCUUCGAGGGUUUCCGGUCUCCUAUCAGUUACCCUCGGGAACGUCGUCGGAACAAUGCAAGCAUACGGAGCGGGGUAUCGCAAACACGAACAUCCGUCGUGUUCUCGAUGAAGAACCAGAUCGGGGGUCUUGUCAGCACGCUCAAGUUGUUCGAGGAGAACAACAUCAACGUUUUACAUAUUGAAUCCCGGAAGUCUCGCCGCCGGAACUCUGAGUACGAGAUUUUUGUGGAGUUGGAGACUGACAGGAUGAGACUGGAAGACCUGGUCAGCUGUCUGGGGGAUAAAGUGGCUAAUGUCACCUUCCUACCCCCGUCAACAGCCACGCCCCUCAGCCCUGGCUUGGACAAAAAUGGCAAAGAGAUUGACGGUACACCGUGGUUUCCUAAAAAGAUCGCGGAUUUGGACAAAACUGCCAACAGAGUUCUGAUGUACGGCUCAGAGCUAGACGCUGACCAUCCGGGUUUCAAGGACAAUACUUACAGACAGCGCCGGAAGUUCUUCACUGACCUUGCAAUGAAUCAUCAAUUCGGAAAACCAAUUCCGAGAGUGGAAUACACAGAAGAAGAGGUGGAAACCUGGAGUACGGUUUUCCGGGAACUCACGUCGCUAUAUCCCACGCAUGCGUGCAAAGAAUAUCUGGCUAACUUUCCGUUGUUGAUUAACGAGUGCGGAUACAGAGAAGGAAAUGUGCCACAGUUGGAGGAUGUAUCUCGGUUCUUAAAAGGUAGAACAGGCUUCCAAGUUCGUCCCGUGGCUGGCUAUUUGUCUUCACGUGAUUUUCUGGCGGGCCUGGCGUUCAAAGUAUUUCACUGCACCCAGUACAUACGUCACAGCUCUGAUCCUUUCUACACUCCUGAGCCGGAUUGUUGUCACGAGCUUUUGGGACACGUGGCCCUCCUUGCCGAUCCCAGCUUCGCCCAGUUUUCCCAAGAAAUUGGAUUAGCCUCACUCGGAGCUUCCGAAGAAGAAGUGCAAAAGUUGGCGACGUGUUACUUUUUCACGGUAGAGUUUGGACUGUGCAAAGAAGACGGUGAAUUGCGUGUUUAUGGCGCUGGUUUAUUGUCUUCAUGUGGAGAACUAAAGCAUGUCUUGACUGAUAAGGCUCAAAAACUUCCCUUUGAGCCAGAGCAGACCAGCCAUCAAGAGCCUCUAAUUACAACAUUUCAAGAUGUUUACUUUUACACUGACAGCUUUGAAGAUGCAAAGGAAAAAAUGAGGAGCUUUGCACGAACCAUCAAGAGGCCAUUUGCGCUCCGUUAUGACCCAUACACACAGAGUGUGCAAGUACUCAACUCCACGGACAGUGUGGCUCACGUGAUCAAUGAAGUCAAAGGUGAACUGUCAAUCAUUAGUGACGCUCUAGUGAAAAUGAAAACUCGCCCACCGAUGCCAAUGGAAGUGCAGAGUUGCUCCGGUGAAUCGUCUGGAGUUGCUGUGGAAACGUAA